UCCAGUUGUGAAGUAUCAGCAAGCUCAGAAAACAGCAUGAGCAGGAGAGAAGAAGAAAUAUCGUGUUUUGUGGAUUUAUGAAACGUUUUCUUUCUCUUUUAACGCCUCGACGUGACGCUGAAAUAUCAAACUGGUCGUAUUUUAUCUCUGGUGGCCCAGCAGGGCUGCAGUUAGCUGCUGACGAUGGCGAAGGUGUUUCGCAGUCCGGCCCGUCACGGUUACGCUGUGGAAGUGUCUCCGUUCAUCCCCAACAGAGUGGCCUGCGCUGCCUCCCAGUACUAUGGAAUAGCUGGUUGUGGCACACUGUUGGUCCUGGAUGAGACAGAGACUGGAGUUGCUUUGGUGAGAAGCUGGGAGUGGAGCGACGGUCUGUUCGAUGUGGCGUGGAGCGAAGCUAAUGAACAUGUCCUGGUGGCGGGUGGAGGAGACGGCAGCCUGCAGCUGUGGGACACAAACAAUCACAGCGCUCCACUAAGGGUGGCCAAAGAACACACACAGGAGGUGUACGCUGUGGACUGGAGUCAGACCAGAGGAGAGAACCUCAUCGUCUCUGGAUCGUGGGAUCAAACUGCUAAAGUGUGGGAUCCUGCUCUCAGCCGAUCACUGACGACACUCAGAGGUCAUGAAGGGGUCAUCUACAGCACCAUCUGGUCUCCCCACAUCCCAGGAUGCUUUGCGUCUGCCUCAGGUGACGGGACACUCAGAGUUUGGGAUGUGAAGAGCGCAGUGUGCCGAUUGGCCAUCCCAGCACACAAGGCUGAAAUCCUCAGCUGUGAUUGGUGCAAAUAUGACCAGAAUAUUGUGGUCACAGGCUCCGUAGACUGCACAGUAUGUGUGUGGGACCUGAGGAACAUCAGACAGCCUGUCAAUCAAAUGCUUGGACACGCCUAUGCCAUCCGCAGAGUCAAGUUCUCUCCGUUCAGUAAGACGGUGUUGGCGUCCUGCUCAUAUGACUUCACUGUCAGGUUUUGGGAUUUAAGCAGAAACCAGCCUCUCCUGGACACUGUGGAGCAUCAUUCAGAGUUUGUCUGUGGAUUAGACUUCAACCUGCACAUCCCCAACCAGGUGGUUGACUGUUCCUGGGAUGAGACGGUGAAGAUCUACACACCGGCCUGCCUGUCUGCUGCAACACACAGUACAACACCUUAAAGCACACACACACUUAUUCUGGUGUACUUCAGAGGACAUUGUAUUUAAUGAAUGUACCAUAACUGGUACCUACCUAACCCCUGCACUUACUAUUACAUUUGAUGAUGACAUUGUUCUAUUUCUAGACGGAAAAUUUAUACUAAGUCUCAGAAAACCUUGGUAGCUGGACAGUUAUGGCGCAUGAUAGGGAUGUCAUGAGAACCAACACUGCUAAACGGAAUAAUAAAAACAUGGCAUAAUUUCAUGUGUUUCCAUGGUAACAUAGAUAGUGACGAUGAUACUUUACAAUAGCAGCAGCUUGUGAAAAGGCAAUGCCAAAUUGUUUGUGUCCUUUACACACACAAUGUCCACUGAUGGUAAUAUUUUAAAUAUUAGUUUACAUAGGCUAAUGCAGUGCGUCUUGUUUAGGCUAACAUAGUGGCUAACGUGAUCUUGUUUAGGCCAAUGUUGUUGCAAACGUAGCAGCUAAUAUUUUCUUGUUUCGGCUAACACUACAUCUGAAAAUACCUUGUUUAGGUUAACAUAGAGGCUAACUAUAUGUAGUUUACGCUAAUGCAGCUGCUAAUGUUAUCUUGCUUAGACAAUUGUAGUGGCUAACAUCUUGUAUAGGGUAAUGCAGCAGCUAAUGUUAUCUUGUCUGGGCCCAUAUUGUGGCUAACGUUAUCCUUUUUAGGCUAACAUAGCAGCUAAUGUUAUCUUCUUUUACCUAACAUGAGCUGGUGCUGCUCAUAAUUUAACAAUCUAACUUACCAUUUAGUUGGUAUAGUAUAUGUUGAAAUGGCACAUUAGUCUGAAUACUUUUGAGGUUAUUUUUGUUUUGAAUUUAGUGUUGAAAGCAAUGGAAUUUCAAAGGUUGACCUCUGAAAUUGACCACCAAAUUUCUGGUACCAUGACAUCCCUAAAUGCUCAAACUUCCUCUGUGGGAAUUCAGAUGAGGAUCUUUGUUGCGUCACAGUCCCUCUUUCUCGUCCUGUUUCCCAGCUACCUCCUCACCGCAAAUGCCAAAAAAGAGCAAAACAACAUUUUCCCUGUGUUAUUACCAGAUACAGUCAACACAAAGUAAAACACAGACAUGUACAGUAUGCGCACACAGAUGCUUAUCAGCUGCGCUCAGAGUGCAUUUUCAUCUAACUUUCAUAUCGAAACGAGUUGAAUAACAAACCCUGAGGAUCCAAACACGUGUUUGCAGUGUGGAGAUAAAGUGAGCUUGUUAUCAGAUUUAAAACCUGGCACCAGUGUGACGCAGAAUAUAAAUUCUUCGAUUAUCUAAUAACAUUGGUUUUCUAAUUCUGACCAAUAGGAGAUAAGAGAAUUUAGUGUAAGACCUGGAGGGUAUUGUGAUGCAUCACAAUGUCAUACAUGUAUGACAUGAGUCCUCACUGACAUUAUUGUAUAUAAUUCAAACUGUGAUGCUCUGAAUCAGGAUGUUUUACAGUCAGUGUGAUGACCAUGUAAUUAUGCAUUUCUGUUUUAUCUCUGUGAUAUUCAGGUAAUCUUAAGAGCAAAUGUCAAUUGUGACUAAUUUAAAUUUUUACAUGGUACCAAUGUAGAUAUGCCUAUACAUGAUGAUGAACACAAAUUGUAUGUGCAGUGCCUUCAAUAAAGUAGCAAAUGUCAGUGUUACACAGUAACAGAGGCAUUUGCUAUAAUAGUGA